UUUUAUAGAAAUAAUAAUAAUAAUAAUAUAAUGUCAGGCCCUCAAUGCUGUACAAACCCACCGGAUAUUAGCUCCGGUAGCAGACAAGAUGAUCACCUAGAAGUUAUCGGAGGCUUAACAUCGUACACUGCUGGUUCUCCUGCUUCUAAGCUUGCUGUCAUUUUGCUUUCUGAUAUAUAUGGCUAUGAAGCUCCAAAACUAAGACAAAUUGCUGAAAAAGUUGCAGCAGCUGGAUUCUAUGUGGUGGUGCCUGACUUCUUCUAUGGAGAUCCAUAUUUACCUGAUAUGGAGAUAUCUUCUUGGUUUCCAAAUCAUCUACCAGCAAAAGGGUGUGAAGAUGCUAGAAAGUUAGUUGCUGAUUUGAAAGCCAAAGGAGCAUCUGCCGUUGGAGCAGCCGGUUUCUGCUGGGGAGGAAUAACGGUGUCAAAAAUGUCGGCAUAUGGUGAGAUCGAGGCUGCUGUUAUACUACACCCUGGUCCACUCUCAGAAGAUGAUAUUCAUGCAACAAAAGUCCCAACAGCAAUCUUAGGUGCUGAAUUUGAUGAUCAUGCUCCACCUGAACAAAUGAAAAAACUUGGGGAAAUUUUAUCAGCGAAACCGGUUGAUAACUUUGUUAAGAUAUACCCUGGCGUUGUUCAUGGUUGGAGCACUAGAUACAGGGACGACGAUGAACAUGCUGUCAAAAGCGCAAUGGAAGCACACACGGACAUGUUGAAUUGGUUCACAAAAUACCUCAAAUAAGGAUGAGCUUCUUCAAGAUUGUUUGAAUGGACACUAAUGCUUCGCAUGGUGUCUUGUGUUUUCUGCUUUGGAUGUAUUUUCCUUUUGGUUUGAUAAAUAAUCAAAUUAUAUUCAUGCAAUUGUUGUAUCUAAAGACCAUGGUUGCUCAUUGAAACCAUGCUUUUGGUUUGAUAAAUAAUCAAAUUAUAUUCAUGCAAUAGUAACACAGGAUGUUAUGUCA